AUCACCACUACCUCGUCUUCAUGCAAUGAUUUUGAGCCCAACGUCGCCAACACAUAGCAUCAUUGUCCUGGUUCGCUCUUUCUGUCUUCUUCCAGCAUGACCGCAAUCCAAUCAGGAACUCAGGCAGAGGCCUGUCCCACACAGCCCCUGCCCGAUGAGGUCAGUGAACAUAGCAUCGCUCAGGGCGAACCUCCUAAUGGCGGAUACGGAUGGGUCUGCGUUGCCUGUAUUUCGUUGAUCAAUGCCCAUACUUGGGGAAUGAAUGGUUCCUACGGAGUUUUCCUGGCUCAUUACAUCAAGGCCGAUAUAUUCCCCGGAACAUCUUCUCUGAUAUAUGCCCUGAUCGGUGGUUUAACCGUGUCGAUGUGCCUGGUCAUCUCUCCUGUGGGGGCGCUGACUACUCGUCGCUGGGGAACCCAAGCUACCCUCCUUAUCGGCGUCGCCUUCCAGACAGUCGGCCUCGUCGCCGCGUCUUUCUGUCAUGAGAUUUGGCAACUUGUCCUUAGUCAAGGACUCUGUUUUGGCUGGGGUAUGGGACUGAUGUUUGUCGCCUCAUUUGGCAUCCCGGCUCAAUGGUUUACGACCAAGCGCAGUCUCGCCAGCGGAUUCGCCACCUGCGGGAGUGCCCUGGGAGGGCUUAUCUACAGCCUGGGUGCCAAUGCCAUGAUCGAGAAUAUCAGCCUGCCCUGGGCCUUUCGAAUCCUCGCCAUAGUUUCCUUGGUCGUCAACUUUGGAAGCUCCCUCUUUCUGCGUGACCGCAACACACAGACCAGGAAUAGGCCCGCUGUCUUCAAGGCUAGCCUUCUGAAGAACAUCGAUUUUCUGCUGGUUCUCCUAUGGGCUAUAUUCAGUCUGACGGCUUACAUUAUCGUGCUCUUCUCAAUCCCAGACUACGGAGAGAGCGAAGGACUAUCCGCCGAUCAAGGGGCGCUGCUCGGUGCCUUAGUGAAUCUCGGUCAGGUGGUAGGCCGGCCGGGGGUGGGCUUUCUGAGUGAUCGGCUCGGCCGGUUGAACGUAUCCGCCACAUUCGCACGGCAGUAUGCAUCCAUAGUAGGUUUCUCAAUUGUGAUAGGACUGUUCAUCGGGACUUUCUGGGCCUCGCUAGCCCCGCUCGUCGCCGAAGUGCUGGGGCUGCACGAAACAAUCAACGGGCUCAACAUCUGCUGGAUGGUUCUAGUCAGUCCAAUUACUGGGCUUCUGUGUUACAUAUGUCCGAGCUUCGACUUCAUCGCGGACUCGGGGAGGUACAGCACAACUCCGCGCGAGAAGCUGCGUUCAUAUAUCCCCGAAGACUCUGCAUUGUCCCGUACCUUUUCCCGGGUUGUUGCCAACCAUCCCCUAGCACCGCAUAAGCAUCCAGAAAUAGGCAUGGAAAGGACCGGUAUGAUAUAA